GUACCUAAUUUUCGAUAUUUAACCUUCUUAUAAUCCUAAAUACACUCAUGGAAGAUACAAUGGUACCUAGAAAUCGAGAUUUGAAGGUUUAAAAACUCUAAUUGGCGGAAUUUAAGCUUUGAAAUAUUUUUGAACAAAGAUCUAUUUGUUGCAAACAAUUCACCAAUGAAUAAGAAAUAGAUAAAAGGAUAUGUUUAGAGAAGCAUUCUUAUCAUCACACAGUAUAUAUGUACUGUCAAGGCAAGUUCAACUCAAGUUCAACUAAUGACUUGCGUGGCGCGCACCAUUCCCAUGGGUACCAGUGCGAUGAAUGGCCUUGGGUGAACUCUAACGCCGGGGGUGCCAAUGUCGUUAUGAGAUGCAUUCCUGGUUCUGAUAACGGGGGAUCUGGUGCCCAAUGGGGGAAUUUCAUCAAUAACAAAGGCCCUCAAGCUGUUGGAUAUGCUUUAAAAGAUAACAUUGACUUUGCUAAAAUCGAGAUCAGCCAUGUCCCAGUGACUGCGAAAUUCUGCUUGGGAGUGCUUGGAACGACUAUCAAGGCAACGACGUGCAAUCAGCUUGAUCGUGGUCAGCCAUUUUUGCAAAGGAUUGGUUGA